GGUUCCACAUAUAAUAAUAAAUUGUUAGACAAGUCCAUGUGAUGUUCUCAUGAUAUGUGUUCUUCAGUGGACCAAACUGCUCCUCACCAAUUGAUAUUCAAUAAUGAACUCAGACCAAUGCAUUAUUACCUCUGCAUAUAUAUCUCACCCAGCAACACAUUCCAACCAUCAAACUUCAUCUUUUUCAUAAACAAUCAGUUCCUUCAAUACCAAAGACUAUCAAGUCUGAAAUCAUGGGUUUUCGCUUGCCAGUGAUUGUUCAAGCCAAGAACACAAUGCGUAGGGCUCUAUCUACUCCAAAAUCUUUCGAUGUACCCAAAGGCCAUCUUGCAGUAUAUGUUGGAGAAACAGAGAGGAAACGCUACAUUGUUCCAAUUUCAUACUUGAAGCAUCCAUAUUUUCAGAGCUUGCUGAACAAAGCAGAAGACGAGUUUGGGUUUGAUCACCCAAUGGGUGGUCUUACAAUUCCCUGCACAGAAGAAGAUUUUAUUGAUAUCACCAGCAGCUUGAAUUAAUGACCAGAUGCAAAAACAAGACUGAAAGUAUAGUUCUAACACCUAACAAGAGAAACUUAGUUCAACAUUUUUUUGUUCCAGUCUACUUUCAUGACACUGAGAGUCAAAUACAAUAUAGAUGUAUACACUUGUAUCAUUACUCUUUUGCAAGAAGAUUAUAUAGAAUUUGAAUCUCUUUCAA